UUUCUAUUUCGAGGUUAUUUGGUGUCACUGUAUCAUGUUUCUUUUGGUGUGUAUUUGGUUGCAGAUUUGCAGGGAGUUACUUAAGUAAAUUCUGAAAAUUAUUUUUACCGUGAAUGUGCUUUCAUAACUGCUUUCUUACUGCUGCAGUACAAUAUAUUUGAUUUGACUGACAUGUGUAAUGUUCUUUAUUCAUUAGUUGUGAUUUUGUUUUUACUAACAUGUUUUCUCAAAGUUUUGUUAAUUGCGAAAUUGGUUCUUGUAAUACUGUUGCUUUCAUCUUUGGGUUUACUUUGGUCCAGUUUUUAUACGGACUAUUGUUCUUGUGAAACAGCUUAUUCCGUCUUUUGUAAUAACUGCACGAAUUACGAGUAUUUGCAAGUCACGCCUUUGGAAAUGUUUGCAAUUUUUUCCAUGUGAUUUCAUCAGAAGUGAAUGGAUGAUAAAUUUGGCUUGAACAACAGAAUAACAUGAUAUCUUUACCAUCUAGAACAGUGCCUACGCUCACAAUUUCAUCCAGGAGCUCACCAGAAAAAGCGAAGAUUUUGCAGGCCCAGAGGCUCCAAUUUACCAAGUCUGGUCUUGCAGUACCCUGCACCAAAUGUCAGCCAUGUCAAAACAGACAAACCACUCAGCAGCUGCGCUCUACUGUGGUGGUCUGUGCUGCUGCUUUGCUACAGAGUGCAAGAUGUGCAGCAGAGCAAACACAGACUGUCACACGCCAAUCAUCAACAAUUACAAUUGCUCCCAUCCAAGGAAAAGAGAAGUCACCAGAGCUCGAUGAUGGAGGUGCUGGAUUCCCACCUCGUGAUGAUGGUGACGGUGGAGGGGGUGGUGGCGGUGGAGGUCAUCAUUGGUCAGGUGGUUUCUUCUUUUUUGGUCUGCUUGCAUUCCUUGGCUUCCUGAAGGAUCAAGAGAGCGAGGGCCCAUACAGGGAUAGCAGGAGAAGAUGAUUGAUCCAGCCCAGCCUGGUUUAGUGAUAAUAAUAUGAUAAUAUGCUGUUGUACACAUGUAGUACAUCCCUUUUGCCCAUCUUUUAUCAAAAGUUGGGGAUCAAAACAACAAGAAAGAAGAAAAAGAGAGGAUGGUUGUUGAUGAUUUAAUUUUCUAAGUCUAAGGUCCAUUAACGCAUGGAAGUGUAUUGAAGAUCCACCGGACAUACAUGGUGAUGUUUUGGUGGGGGGUGGUCCAUUUUGAACUGAAAAUUAGAACAUGCAUAUUUGUUCUCUAAUGGGUUAGUUUGCUGUUGUGCAUGCUGCAAGAAGUCUUGCCUUUGAAAUUAUAUAUGUAUUUCUUGUUCUAUA